CUCAUGGGGCGUAGUCACUUCUCCUACAAGCCUACAAUAACUGGAGUACUGCCACAUAUCCUACACAUAGAUGGUCAUAUUUCCUACACAAAAACAAGUAUCCGUCAUAUAUCCUACACAUAAAAUGACUACCCUCCAGGUCAAAUAUCCUUUAAAUACACCAGUUUUAGAGUAAUGCCAUAUUUCCUACAGAGAUACAGCAUACCUCCUACACUCAAAAACCUGUUCUGUCACAUAUCCUACAAGGAUACAGCAUAUCUGCUACACACAAUAAUAUGUUGUCACAUCUCCUACAUUGCUCCUACAGGCGCACCCCCUAGCUUGGCGCCUCUGCACUCGGAGCUUCUGGCUCAGUACACUCCUGCCGACCUUGACUAGUCAACAAGUAGAUAAGUUGUUAUACAUCCGUUCGGCGUAGUAUCGUUCACAUUCAGACAUCAUGGGUCGAGUUUAGUCUCGACCCAGCAGUAUUUUUUUCUCCAUUCGACGGGACAGACGGCAUUAUUGUACUCGAUUGCGCCUGGACCAAGCAUGGCUAGUAUUGAGGGGAACAUCCGCUUCAAUGCAGUGGUUUACAAAGACAACUCUGGAUUCCGGUACCUCCGAAAUGUGGCAAGAAACAACAAACUAUACCUGCGUUGCAUUCAUCACCCCAACUGUGGAGGAAGAGCCGUAUUGUCGGAGACAACUGGUGUCAUCAGAGCAACGCAAGGUCACAACCAUGAAUCAUCCGACUAUGCUGCAACAGAUCUGAGGAACACUCUCAAGAUGAAGGCUGCUGAGGAUGUGGGCUCUACCAGCAACUCCGAGAUCUUCAGGCGGGUAACAAGACAUCACCAACAUGGAGCAGAUGUGUCUUUCUCAUCUGUAGAGCGAAGCAUGCUUCGAGCCAAGCGCCGAAUUCAACCGAGGCAACCACACACUGCAGAGGAGUGCGCCAACAUUCUAGAAAGCUUAGAGGCCCAGGCCUUUAACGUAAACUUCAGAUCUGUCGUCACAGAUCAGGGAAGUGGUCAUUUGGCAAUUAUUUUUUAUUCUCUAACCCUGGUACCACUGAUGACCACAAUUAAGGAAUGGAAUUUUGAUGGUACUUUUUACACUGUGCCUGCACUCUUCUACCAGCUCUUCACAUUACUUGGAUUUUACAAAGGUCAUUCAUUCCCACUCAUCUUCACCUUGAUGACAUCAAAGUCUAAAAAGUUGUAUGAUAUCACAAUGCAAAGAGUGAAGGAACUCAUCCCCAACCUGAAUCCUGAACAAGCAAUGGGUGAUUUUAAGAAAGCAGUUCUGCCAAAAAUUACUGCAUUCAAAACCUACAUCACAGAGUACUGGAUUCGAAAAGUCACUCCACAACGGUUAUCUGUCUUCGAAUUUUCUCGUGGAACUAACAAUGAUGCAGAGUCGUACCACAGCAGACUGAAAGCCAUUGUCCGCCAGCACAAGCCAAACAUUUACACUUUCCUCACACAUCUGAAUAAUCUGAUAACAGACACAACUAAGGACAUUGAACGUGUGGAUGCUGGCUUGGACAUCACUCGUCAGAAAAAGGAGAAGUUUCAUUUCAACUUCCUGGAGACAGUGCUGAUGAAAGUGGGGAUGAGCAUCAAGGCCCUGACAACGCAGCUGGUACUCAAGAUGUUCCUCCCGAACUUCGGUGCAGCAUCUGCUUAA